CAUACGUUCAGCAGGGCGUCAAGCCCACCUUCUUAAUACACAUCGCUGUUGGGGAUCGACCACGUGCUGAGGCCGCGGUCGUCACAUAGCAAAUGGCACGAAGUGCCGUUGUCGGGCUUGUCGCCCUUCUGGCCGCCCUUGCUGUGGCUCAGGGUGCUCGCCAAGGGAUUGAGAGGGUAGUUGCCAAGCCGCAAAGCCGCGCGUCAGCGGGUGCAGAGCCCACAAAGUAUAAGAAUACCAAACCCCUAAUUGGCGUCUUGACGCAGCCAUGCCACGAUUGCCCCGGGAAGUCCUACAUCGCAGCAGGCUAUGUGAAGUGGAUUGAGAUGGGCGGCGGCCGCGCUGUGCCUGUUAGGUUUUAUGCCUCGGAUUCAGAACUGCGCCGUCUGUUCAAGUCGCUGAACGGCCUGGUGUUCCCGGGUGGUCUCACGUGGUUGUGGCUCGACUCUCCGUACGUUAUUGCGGCUCGGAAGCUCUUCAACUGGGCCCUGGAGGCUAACGAUGCUGGGGAUUCUUUCCCGAUCCACGGCACCUGCCUGGGCUUCCAGCUGCUGCACAUCCUGGCCUCCAACGUCUCCCGCAACGAUUUGCUGGUGGACACCGACUCCGUGGCGCACCCUACCACCCUCAUCUGGCAGCAGGCGGCCAACACCAGCAGGCUGUUCGGGGGGCUGCCGGUCGACCUGUACGACAAGCUUGCCGACCCGCAGUACAACAUCGCGCUCCAGAACCACAUGUACGGCAUCCCGCCCUCCUACUACGAGCGCUUCCCGGUGCUGGGCCAGUGGUACAAGCCGCUGAGCACCACCAAGGACCGCAACGGCUUGGAGUACGUGAGCACCAUGGAGGGAGUCAAGUACCCCUUCUUCGGCACCCAGUGGCACCCCGAGAAGCCGCCGUUCGAGUUCGGCAUGGAGGAGGUGCCGCACAGCCUGGACGCCAUCCGCGUCAGCCAGCACCUGUCCAACGUCUUCAUGGAGGCGGCGCGCCAGUCCUCGCACACGCCCGAGUCCAAAGAGGAGGAGCUGGCCAUGGAGAUUUACAGCACCGCACCCAUCUUCUCAGCGCGCUUCGAGGUGAUGGACGAGGAGAACUACGACGGCCCCGACAUCACCUACUACUUUGACACCCCCGACAAGCCGCCGCACGGCCCUGAUGAUGAUGAGGGCGAGGACAGCGGACCCAAGCACGACGAGGAUGGGGAGCGGCUGGAGGAGGAGGAGCAGGAGCACCACAAGCAUGAGGAGCACGAGGAGCAUGAUGAUGAUGAUGAGGAGGAGGAGGAGCACCACAAGGACAGGCAUGAGCACGAGGAGCACGAGAAGAAGCACGACAAGGAUGAUGAUGAUGACGAGGAGGAGGAGGAGGAGGAGGACAGGAAGAUGGCGCUGCACAAGCGUUUCUGGAGCACUCAGAAGGGCUUCUUCUAAAAGGCUGCCUUUCGGUUUCGGUUUCCUUUCGGUUGGGUUCCGUUCGUACAUGUGCUGAACCGCUGAUUGGGUAAGAGUGUUCGCGGAGUAUUGUCAGGGAGUAGCCUAAGAGGGGUGAAGCUGACAUGCACCAGCAUUCAGGUCGAACCGCAGUACCGCUGUGAUGACGCUUCAGCUAUACACGGGUGGCAUUCAUGCUUUAACCACGAAAAUGGGCUGUGUGGACUGCCAGGAUGGGGCAGUGAUGAAAGUCGGACUGGAAUCCAAGUGAGGGCCCACGGUCUUCUUUGGUGCCUGUUUGCGAAUCCUAAACCAUAUGCACACGUACCCUUGCACACGACCUGCGCUGGAGCGGACAUGGAUGGAGAAGGCGGGAAAGUUUUGCACGCGGUCUUGCUGAUCCGGGUUUCCGAAUCCCCAUGCUUCCUUGGUUUGUGGGGUCCUCAGCGCCUUUGCUAACGUUAUGGAUGGCGACGGCAGGGUGAUGGUGUUCGGAUGUGUUGGAGCGUUCGUGUCCGGUCUUGUGCUUUUGCAUGAUCUACGGGCACGCCUGGCAGCAGGUUCCCACGUGUUGCGCUUGCCUGCUACAGAGCUUACCAGCUGUGACAUCGCUGGACAGCAUUGCAUGCUAGAAUUGAAGCGUUUGAAGGGUCAAACAGCGCUGUAAUGGCAAGAGGAUGGUUACACGGCAGGAUAGAGACCCUGCUGUUGAGGUGCAUGGUUAGGCGCUCUGUCCGCAAAGCAAGGGCUACUCCUCCCAGACUACGUGUUGGGCGGUACUGCCAAUUA